CACGAAUCUCGUGAUCAUGAUAGAGAAUCUUCGAGAAGCAGAGAAAAGGAACGGGAGAAAGAGAGGAAAAGAGAAAAGGAGAGGCACAGAGAUAGAGACAGAGAGAGAGAUCGUGGUGAUGGAGAAAAGGAAAGGGAUAGUCACCACAGAGACCAUCGACAUCGCGACAGAAAGGAUAGAGAAAAGGGUAGGGAUAGGGAGGAUGGUGAUUCUCACAGAAGUCGUGAUCGUGAUCAUGACAGUUUUGCUUAAAAACUAGUUUAUAUUACAGAAGAAGGGAUUAUGAUAGAGAGGAAAGGCAUAAGCGUAGGUCUCGAUCUAUUUCACCGUCUAAGGAUAGAUCUGAGCAUGGAACAAGGUCAAGGUCUCGCUCGAAGAGGUAAAUUGUGUAAACAUACUUAACAUUUAAGUUUAUGGACAUACCCUCACAUAGGCAAGUAUGCAUGCUUGUGACACCUAUUCAGAAAAUUAUCAAAUUCUGUUUCUUAAAAACAUCUGUUGGAUGUGUAAGGUUCAAUAUUAUUAUUGUAGUUAUUUUUAAUAAAUUUUUAUAGUUCAAUAUUCCAACAGUCUAACUACAUGGUAAAAUAUUUCUUGGUGUGAGGUAGCAUUUAUUUUUGAAUGCUAACAUUAUUUACUUACAGCAAAAGGGUUAGUGGUUUUGAUUUGGCUCCCCCUCCUUCUGCAAUGUUAGCUGGUGCUGCUGCUGUUACAGGUAUAUUUGCGCUUGGGUUUUCUACAAACUUUGUUAAUCUUAACUGCUUUCUUUUUUGUUGGUCGUAGUAUGGGAAAAAGUUCAUAUCAAAUUGCAUGCUGUUAUCUGGGUAAGCUGUAUUAAGUUACUAUCCGAUCAUGUAGCUCUUUGAUGACUGGUCUCCAAUGGUGUGCAAUUUAGUCUUCUUUUUGUUUACUUUUACUUGUUGAUAUAAUCCUGGAACUAAAAGAUGCUUUGGUUUUUUGUCUUCUGUUUGGUGUUUGUUUGUUUUGUUUCUAUGUCUUGUCUUAUGCUCUAAGAAGGCAAUGUUGGGCUACUUGCCCCACUGUGCUGACAAUGGGCGUGAGCCGACAUCUGUAGCUUUUAUGUCCAAGGAAGAAUCAGUGCACCGGUUUUUGGUGGGUCUUGUUCGUCUUCAACUGGAAACUAUAUCUACUUUGGUAGACGUACAGAUAUUAUCUCCAAAACUUGUUUAAAUGUUCCUUUAAUCUUAUUGAUAUAUUAACAAGGUGAAAUUCCGCUUAAACCAAUGGAAAAUGGAGUCAAAUUAGUGCGUCAAAUCCUACAAUUCCUGGAGUGUUGCAAAACAUGUUUCCAAUGGCUACUAGUCAGAUGCAACCGUUCAGUGCUCUCCCUAUGAUGCCAAUUCAGGCUAUGACACAACAGGCUACUCGACAUGCUAGGAGGGUGUAUGUUGGAGGUCUCCCUCCUACAGCGAACGAGCAGUCUGUUGCUAUUUUCUUCAGUCAAGUCAUGGCUAAGAUUGGAGGAAACACUGCUGGUCCAGGUGAUGCCGUGGUCAAUGUUUACAUUAACCAUGACAAAAAAUUUGCCUUUGUUGAGAUGAGGUCCGUUGAGGAAGCUAGCAAUGCAAUGGCUUUGGAUGGGAUUAUUUUUGAGGGGGCACCUGUCAAAGUCAGGAGACCUACUGAUUAUAACCCUUCUCUAGCCGCUACUCUAGGCCCAAGCCAACCUAACCCAAACCUGAACCUUGGUGCUGUUGGAUUAACUCCUGGGUCAGCUGGUGGACUUGAAGGUCCUGAUCGUAUUUUUGUAGGUGGACUUCCCUAUUACUUUACAGAAACUCAGAUCAGGGAGCUUUUAGAGACUUUUGGUCCUCUUCGGGGUUUUGAUCUAGUGAAAGAUAGAGAAACAGGAAACUCAAAGGGUUAUGCAUUCUGUGUUUACCAAGAUCUUGCAGUUACAGAUAUUGCCUGUGCGGCUCUGAAUGGAAUUAAGAUGGGUGAUAAGACUCUUACUGUUAGACGAGCUAAUCAAGGUACAACCCAGCCUAAACCUGAACAAGAGAGCAUUUUAAUGCAUGCACAACAGCAAAUUGCUCUGCAGAAACUUAUAUUUCAACCAGCAUUGGUGGCUACAAAGGUCGUAUGUUUAACUAAUGCAGUUUCUCCCGAUGAGCUCAAAGAAGAUGAGGACUUUGACGAGAUUAUUGAUGACAUGAGACAGGAAUGCUCCAAAUUUGGUACUUUGGUAAAUGUUGUGAUUCCUCGUCCACAACCAGAUGGGGAUCUAUCUGGUGGAGUUGGAAAGGUGUUUUUAGAAUAUGUGGAUAUUGAGGGUGCUACAAAAGCUCGUACUGGAUUGAAUGGGAGAAAAUUUGGUGGAAAUGAAGUAAUAGCUGUUUUCUAUCCAGAGAACAAAUUUGCUCAGGGAGAUUAUGAAGGCUAAUUUCCGUGCUUGGGUUAUGUCUCAAGUUUUUAUGUAUGUUGUGAGGAUUUUUAAAUACUUUUCUUUUUACUAUUUGUUGUAUGCUGAGUUGAGAGCGUCGAAACAAACAUUUGCUGUUUUGUUAAAUUAAAUCUUUUUCAUGUGUGCACUUGGUUGAUAAAGGAUAUUGAUAAAUUGUAAUUUGUGAUAUCUUGUGUUCUAUCUGAUAUCUGGAUAUAUUUGAGAUUCUUGAUUGAAGAAUUCUUUGAAGUA